GACACUUCUUCAUAAAUUAAACACCGAUCUACAAUGAUGACGGUCAGUAGAAAUUGUCCCGUCGAUUCGCUAGGCCUAGGCCUAGCCCUACUUUUGAUGAUCGGGUUGUUUUGUCUGACAGGGUUGGUCACCUCUGCUGCUGCUACUACAGACAAACGAGUCUUGCUAGUGUCGUUGGAUGGAUUUCGCGCAGACUAUUUAGACAAGACAGAUAUGCCAAACUUUCGCCGGCUAAUCUCUGAUGGUGUUCGUGCUAAGUUUACUUAUGAUGCAUUCAUAACUAAAACAUUUCCAAACCACUACACAAUUGUUACUGGCAUGUACGAGGAAACUCAUGGAAUAGUUGGAAAUAAUAUGUACGAUCCAUUAUGGAACGAGACGUUUCACAUAGGCGAACCAAGCUCUUUGGAACCUAAAUGGUGGAGUAGUGGAGAACCAGUCUGGAUCACCAACCAGAAUAAUUUAGGACAGAGCGCCGUGAUAAAUUGGCCAGGAUCUGACAUUAAAAUCCGUGACCAAUAUCCGACAUACUAUCUACCAAAGUAUAAUGAAUCAAUACCGUUCAGUGCACGCGUAAACUGGAUCAUUCAACAUUUUAAAAACGAAAAUGAUCAUGUCAACCUUGGAAUUUUAUACUAUCACGAACCAGAUCGUACCGGACACAGGUAUGGGCCAAGCUCGCCUGAACUGAUAAAAAAAUUACAGGAUCUUGAUGUUGAUGUUGGCUACCUCAUUGAUGAGAUGAAAGCUAAUGGGCUGUAUGAGACGACUAACAUAAUUAUCACAUCUGAUCAUGGGAUGGCUGACGUGUCAGUGGACAGAGUAAUUGAGCUGGACAACUUUGUUGACGCAAGUCUAUAUUACUUUGAUAGCAACAACCCGAUAUUGGGAAUAUGGCCUAACGAUGAGGGAGAUACAAGCAAGCUUUACGAUGCAUUAAAGAAUGCUAGCAAGCAUAUGGAUGUUUAUUGGAAAGAUGAAAUCCCGAAGGUGUUCCAUUACCAUGACAACAGGCGAAUUGCACCAAUCUUGCUGGUUGCCAAUGAGGGAUGGAGCAUAUUUCAAAAUUUUACAGCUGCAUUUCCUCAUAUGAAUGACACAAAAUACUUCAAAGGAGCACAUGGGUAUGAUAAUAGGCUCGAGGUGAUGCAUCCCAUCUUUGUAGCUCAUGGCCCUGUUUUCAACAAGAAUCAGUCUGAGGCGGAUCCGUUCUACAACGUUGAUAUCUAUCCACUCAUCUGCUACAUUUUGAACAUUCCGGAAUCACCUAACAAUGGAUCCUUUCACCGUAUUUUUCACAUCUUACGGAAAAUGCCGACUGGGAUACCUACAACUCACAGUAUGUCUAAUGCCGCUACAACAGUCCCUGUGUCGCCAACGUCUGGUCAAGACUGGCCUACGCUCUCCAUCUCAGCAAUUAUCGCUUUAAGUGUAGCUUUUGGAGUCGGAUUCUUAGCCGCUGUCAUUUUCACCGCAAUGUGCCUAAAACAGCGAACAUACCGGCAACCCCCGUGCAAUUACAAGCCCAUAAUUGAUACAUCACUCGAUAUGUAUGACGAUGACAUGGACGUUGCCGAUGUUAAAAUUCAUCAGCCAGUGAGCCCUAAAGAAGAAGUGGUAAUAACGAACUGCAGUACUUGAAGUAUAGUCAAUUUAAAAAUUAAUAACAAAUUCAAGAAUAGUAAAUUUAAAACCAAGGAGAUCAGAUUGCUGUACAUCAGCACAAAGAUUUUUAUAUAUAAAAAAAUUAAAUGGUGCACAGUUCAUAUACUAAAUUUAUACAAAUUAUUUUACCUUUCACUACAUGUAAUAAUGCUGUGAACUAUUAAUUUAACAUACAAUAAAGUGAAUUAAAAUUUAAUUUGAUUUCCUCAUUUGAGGCUAAAUCAUCUAAUUUAUGUGAACAAUAUGAGUAGGUUGUUCUCAUGGUAAUGGAAUUUUACAUCAUCCAGGUCAUAAUUUUAUUUUAUGGUACCAGUAUUUUGAUCACUAUGUGAUCAGACCAUUACUUUUUAUACAUUUCUCUGUUAGUCAUAAUAUGCCACUCUUACAGUACAUCAAUGUGGUAUAAACAAGAAACAAAAUAUUGCUAGAAUGAUAGACUAACAUUAUGUAUACUAUUAGAAUAAUAACCUUUCCCUGUCUAGUCAUCAGUGUUGUACUUUAAUAAUAUAUAUGGUUGGUUAUGCACCACAAUGUUCCAAUUAACAUAUUUCUAAUAAGUACUGUGGUGCUUAUUCAAGAGUGAUACUAAAAAUAUUUAAGAGAACUGCCUAAUAGACCAUUUACAAUACUGUUCAUUCCAUAUAUGUACAAAAGAUUUUCUCAUUAUUUAUGGAAUACAAUACUUGUACAUACCAUGACCUAUACUACAGCAUAGACACAAAGCCACACUGCUAGCUAGCUAUAUUAUCAAAAGACAGUGUUGCACCAUUACAUCUAAUAAUGAGAUUGCUGUACCCUUGCAUAAUUUAUCAUGCUCAUCGCUUUGUGCACAUUAUCUAAUCAUCGAUGAAAAUAUUGGAAUCAAUAAAUUGUAUAGGUUAUUAAUGGAAAA